AUGUCACAAGGGAAAAAACGGUCAUACAAAGAAGCUUUUCUACAAUGGGGUUUUACUAAGUUUGUUGAUAAAAGUGUCGAGAAGCCUCAAUGUGUUCUGUGCAACAAAGCUCUCACAACUGAAAGUAUGAAACCAAGCAAAUUAAAAGAACAUUUUGAGAGAAGUCAUUCUCAGUUUGCAGAAAAAGAUAUUGCAUUUUUCAAACGUAAAGAAGAUGCGUUAAAAAAUGCACGUAUGGAUUCAUCCGGUUACUUUUUUCAGUCAACUGAAGCUGGUCUUGAAGCUUCAUAUUGCAUCGCUCUACGAAUCGCAAAAAACAAGAAACCUCAUACAAUUGGAGAAAAUCUUAUCAAACCGUGUAUACUAGAUGCAGUAAAACUUGUUCUUGGAGAGCAACAUUUUGAAAAGAUAAAUAAGAUAUCACUUUCUAACAACACUAUCAAAAAUCGUAUCGAGGAUAUGAGCAAAAAUAUUUUGGACACAGUGCUCAAUAAAAUAAAGUCAAGUCCUUUCUUCGCCUUACAGUUAGAUGAGUCGACCGACGUUGCAUCUUGUUCCCAGCUACUUGUCUAUGUUCGAUACAUAAAGGGUGACGACAUAAAAGAAGAAUACUUAUUCUCAGAAUCACUGAGUACUACUACACGCAGUGAAGAUGUUUUUCGGACAGUGAAAAAUUUUGUCGAUGAAAAUGAGCUGCAGUGGUCGAAGUUAAUAGGUGUCUGUACAGAUGGAGCACCAGCCAUGUUGGGCAUUCAUUCUGGUUUCCAAACAUUAAUGAAAGAAGUUGCUUCAUUUGCAUUAUUUAAUCACUGCAUUAUACACCGUUAUGCUUUGGCAAUGAAAACUCUUCCACCUGAUUUAAUGGACACAUUUACUCGUGUAGUGAAAAUUGUUAACUACAUCCGAAGCAGUGCGACAAAUACAAGAAUUUUUAAGGACUUAUGUAAUGAACUGGGAGGAAAAUUCGACGUCUUGUUGUUCCACACAGAGGUACGUUGGUUGUCGAGAGGCAAGGUGUUGCACCGAGUGCUUGAGCUCCGAGAAGAAAUUGCUUUAUUUCUAGAAAGGAGAAAAUCAGGGAAGGUAAAGGAGAAAGAGUUUCACGCUCAAAUAACAGAUAAUGUAUUUAUUUCUAAACUGGCAUAUCUUGCGGAUUUCUUCGGAUAA